UUCGUCUUUCUAUGAACAUAUAUGGUAUGAAAUAAAAGAAGUCACGCUCCUCCAACAAUCGCCUGGCAUACGGUCCUCCGGUUUUAGCCCCUCGGGAGGGUUUAGUUGAAAUUUGCUCCUACAAAGCCCAUGGCCCUCUUUCUCUCUCGUUCCUCUCUCUAUCUCGCUCCCAACGAUGUGCUUCUCAGUCACCGCCUCUUAAGCCUCCGCUCCUUAGCGACAUCCUUCGCCGCUCCUUCCCCCUCGCCUCGCCCCUCCGCCGCCUCCUUCCGCCGUUCCCUCUCCCUCUCCGCCCGGUUGAAACCCGCCAACCCCCCGCCUCCCAAGCGCUCCGCCGCAGCCCAGCCGCCGCCGGCGGAGCUCGUUCCGUCCGCCCUCUUCGUCCCGCCGGGCGUUCCCCGGGAGGAGGUCACCCCCGACAUGUUGCUCCCGGGGUCAAACAUCGUGUUGGGGCCCUACGCCGGCCAUGCCCAGAUCAAACAGGUGGAGUUCGUAAAGAGCAGCGCGCGGGCGCGGGACUGUCCCAAGGACGACCGCCCUGAGUUCGCGAUCCUCGGCCGCUCCAAUGUCGGAAAGUCGUCCCUCAUCAAUGCUCUCGUCCGCAAGAAGGAGUUCGCCCUCACUUCCAAAAAACCAGGCAAAACCCAACUUAUCAAUCACUUUUUGAUCAACAAGAGUUGGUACAUUGUGGAUUUGCCUGGUUACGGGUUUGCAAAUGCUUCUCAAUCUGCUCGAACAGAUUGGUCAUCAUUUACCAAGGGUUACUUCUUAAACCGGGAUACCUUGGUUGCUGUCAUGCUGCUCAUUGAUGCCAGUAUUCCACCUCAGCAAAUUGACCUUGACUGUGCUAAUUGGCUCGGUCGCAACAAUAUUGGAAUGACUUUUGUUUUCACCAAGUGCGACAAAAUGAAGGGUGGGAAAGGAACCCGGCCUGAAGAGAAUAUCAAACAGUUCCAGGAUUUGAUCAGUGAGUACUACAAAGAACCUCCGCCAUGGAUCAUGACCAGCAGCGUCACGGGAUUAGGUCGGGAUGAACUACUUCUCCAUAUGUCACAGUUGAGGAACUACUGGGAUAACAAUGAGCUAUUUUAAAAGCGAUGCUUAAUGCUGCUAGAGUUGCAUCUCUAACCAGAUCACUUUGUAUAUGAAGCUGUGGAUGUGAAAUAUAAUUAAACCCACUGGUAUAGAGUAUUGAGAAAACUCUUGGAAACAAUCACUUUCUUCCUACUUAAUUUGGUGUUGUGUCUUAAAGCUAAAUGCUGUUCUUCAAAUGACUUACGAAUAAAUCCAGUGAUUUUAGUA